GGCUAGAGAGAGAGAGAGAGAGAGAGAGAGAGAGAGAGAAAGAGGGAGAGAUUGAAUGGGAGGGGGAGAGAGAGACUUGGGCUAGACAGGGAGGGAGAGAGGGAAAGAACAAGAUAGAGACUUAAGGAAGAGACCGGAGUCCCAGAGGAAAAGAUUUAAGACGGAAACAGAAACAAGGAUUGGGAGAGAAAGUGAUAUGGGUGUGUGUGUGUGUGAGGGACGGAGGGAAGGAGAGAGAAGUGAGUAAGAGAGACUGGAAGAGACAGAGAUUAGAGAGGGAGAGAGACAGGGGUGAGACGGGGAGACAGGGACAGUCUGAAAGAAAGGGAGAGCGAGAAGAAGGGGCCAUAACAGACACAGAGUGUGAGAGAGCCGAGAAGUGAGACAGGCCCGUGAGGGGCAGCACCUGACGGGCACUGGACGGAGCACCCACACCGCCCUCCUGCCCCCUGUCCUUGGGACCCAGAGCUGCCUCCUCCGACCUGCGAGCCCCUGACCUCGGCUCUGUCCCCAGCCGGGUCAGCUGCAGGGACGCGCACACAGUCCCUUUCUUUCUCGCCCUCGAUGGAGGAGGGCCGGCCUCGGAGCAGCCUCAGCCUGGCCAGCAGCGCCUCUACCAUCUCCUCGCUCAGCAGCCUGAGCGCCAAGAAGCCCACCCGGGCAGUAAGCAAGGUGCACGCGUUCGGGAAGAGAGGCAAUGCGCUCAGAAGGGACCCCAACCUCCCGGUGCACAUCCGAGGCUGGCUGCAUAAGCAGGACAGCUCCGGGCUCCGGCUCUGGAAACGCCGCUGGUUCGUUCUUUCUGGCCAUUGCCUCUUCUACUACAAGGACAGCCGCGAGGAGAGCGUCCUGGGCAGCGUUCUGCUCCCCAGCUACAGCGUCCGGCCGGAUGGGCCCGGAGCCCCCCGGGGGCGGCGCUUCACCUUCACCGCGGAGCAUCCUGGCAUGAGGACCUACGUCCUGGCGGCAGACACGCUGGAGGACCUGCGCGGAUGGAUACGCGCGCUGGGCAGGGCCUCCCGCGCGGAGGGAGAUGAUGGUGGGCGACCCAGGUCACCCGCACGCCCCCAGCCGGGGGAGGGCCCGGGCGGCCCCGGCGGUCCUCCGGAGGCGAACACGGGGGACGAGGGGCCCAGCUUAGAAUCGCCGCAAGGCGCUCGGCUUUCCAGAGAGCGUGGCCGCCCUGGGCCGCUCACUCCCACUUCCCACGCCGACCUCCAAUCUGGGCCCGGGAUGCAGAGGACGAGGAGCCCCGACCUGUUCACACCCCUCUCUCGCCCGCCCUCCCCUCUGAGCCUCCCCCGGCCCCGGUCGGCCCCUGCCCGCAGGCCCCCUCCCUCCUCCUCGGGUGACACCCCACUCCCCGCCAGACCCCAUACCCCACUGAGUCGCAUCGACGUGCGCCCUCCCGCGGAAUGGGGCCCCCAGCGCCAGGCCCUUGCCCGGCCUCCCACUCCCCGCCGAGGACCGUCCGAGCCUGGGGGAGGAAGGCCCCCCCGGAGCCCCCAGCCCUGGCAUCAGGAGGCCAGGACGCAGGCCCCCUCUGGCUCCUCCACUUAUAUCCAGCUGCCCCCAAGAUCUCCUGGGACUCGGGCUUCCAUGGUUUUAUUGCCGGGCCCUCCCCUGGACUCAUCCUUCCACCAAAGCUUGGAGACAGAUACCCUGCUGACCAAGUUGUGUGGGCAGGACCGGCUCCUGAAGAGGCUGCAGGAGGAGAUAGACCAGAGACAGGAGGAGAAGGAGCAGCUAGAAGCAGCCCUGGAGCUGACCAGGCAGCAGCUGGGCCAAGCAGCCAGGGAGGCUGCGGCUCCCCCUCGGGCCUGGGGGCGCCAGCGCCUCCUGCAGGACAGAUUGGUCAGUGUGAGGGCCACUCUUUGUCACCUGACUCAGGAGCGAGAGCGGGUUUGGGACACGUACAGCGGCCUGGAGCAGGAGCUGGGCACCUUGAGGGAGGCCCUGGAGUACCUGCUGCACCUCGGGUCCCCCCAGGACAGAACGUCCGCUCAGCAGCAGCUGUGGAUGAUGGAAGACACCCUGGCAGGUCUGGGGGGGCCCCAGAAACCACCCCAAAGCACUGAGCCUGACUCCCCGUCUCCUGCACUCCAAGGCGAGGAGUCCUCAGAGAGAGAGAGUCUGCCUGAAUCCUUGGAACUGAGCUCACCCCGGUCCCCAGAGACCGACUGGGGGCGGCCUCCCGGGGGGCACAGAAGCCCUGCCAGCCCUCGCUCAGGUGUUGGAUCUCCCAGGAUCUCCCAGGCUUCUAGCCCCGAGGGUCGCUGCCCUCCCUCCCCACAGCCAGGAGCCAAGCCGCCCCAGGCCCGGCCCCGGAUGAGUGCUCAGGAGCAGCUGGAGAGGAUCCGGAGGAACCAGGAGUGCGGACGGCCUCUCCCUCGCCCCGCCUCUCCGCGGCUCCUCACUCUGGGGAGGACCCUGUCCCCCGCACGAUGCCAGCCUGACGUGGAGCAAAGGCCUGGCCUGGGACACGCUGGAGCCCAGAAAUGGCUCAGAAGCUCCGGGUCCUGGAGCAGUUCGAGGAACACCGCCCCUUAUAUUCCCAUGUCCGAAGGUCAUCGGGAGCGAGUCCUCAGCCUCUCUCAAGCUCUGGCCACCGAGGCCUCGCAGUGGCACCGAAUGAUGACAGGUGGAAACUUGGACUCCGGAGGCGAACCUCUUCCCCCGGUGCCGCCGCCACCGUCAAACCCCAAGCCCCCGCUGCCCUCGCCCCCACGAUCUCCUCCGGUGGCCAAUGCCCGCUCCCCCGGGUUCUCCCGCCGGGGCAGCGGGCGUGGCGCCGGCCCCGCCUCCUGGGCGCCCACGUGGGACUCGGGGGCGGGCCCUCCCGCCCUGACCCAGGACGAGGGGGCGUGGCCUCUGCGCGUCACUCUGCUGCAGUCCAGCUUCUGACCCCCGGGCGGCAGCCAAUAGGAGCGCGAGGGCGUGGCCUGGCGGUCCCCCGCCGGAGACCUGGAGACACCCUGUCUGGUCCGCCCGGGUGGCCCGCAAGGGAGGGGUCUCUAUGGGUUUUCCCAGCACUUGUCCAAAUCGGGAUUAAAACUCUGCAUUGUU